AUGAGGAAAACAUACACCGAUUCGAAAAUUCCAAAGCCUGAAUUUUUUGGAGGGAAAAAAUCUCGUAAACCAAAGUGGUUUAGCACGCUUGAACGUACCAAUCUUAUUUUAUGUAUAAACCUCAAAAACAUGAAAGCAGAAACUCAACUCAUCCUUGGCGACCAAGGACCACCACUCAAGAAGAUUCGAAGAUCAACCACUAGCAAAGCCGAAAUUUGGGUCCUUUCCUAA